UAAGGCGGGCAUUUGGCUUUUUCGCAGUCUGAUCGCUCUGAGGCUUCGGAGCCCCCGGCCCGUGAGUAAGACACGAAGGCGUUGUCCCCGCUACAAAGAGGCCGCUCUAAGGCUUGGCGGGGGUGACCCGCAGCAGGCUGGGAUCAAGAUCUCCCUGCCCCACAGCCCUGCUCCGCCCGCCGAGUCCGAUGGCGGCUGCCGCGCACAAGGACCUGGAUCAGAAUAUGAACUUCGAGGAUGUGGCCGUGUACUUCUCCGGAGAGGAGUGGAGACUCCUUGAUGAACCUCAGAGGUGCCUCUACUGCAGUGUGAUGCUGGAGAACUUGGCACUUGUGGCCUCACUGGAGACUUGCAGCUCCUUACACCCUUGUGGCCUUCCUGUGCUACCAGAUCCUCUGCACUGCUCCCUUUACGAUGUCCUCCAACAGUGACCUACAUGUGGUGUCAGGAGGUGUGCACAUGUCCUUACGUCAUCCUUGAACCUGCUCUUCAGGUCCAGCUGAGUUUUAUUGGGACAGGCCACAGCCAGCCUCCCUCCCACACAGUGUGCCCGUGUCACUGGCAGAUAAGGUCCAACUGGAGGAGGAAUGAGGAGGCAGGAUCCCUUCCUCUAUGUGGUGCACCCUAUGCUUGUGUCUUGUCUGUUGAGGUCUUCUCUUCUGGUCUCUUCAGAGGCUUAGUACUGCCAAGCAGCCCCUACCCCAACCUGCCCCCAGCUGCCUUGUUCUCAAAGCAAUCA